AUGACGGUGAAAAAGAAGAAAGGAUUAGCUGCUGUGAAGCCCAACAGAGAAUAUGAUGAUAAGGACCUGCCCGCCAGAAACAUCAAAGGCAAGGGUAAAUCAACUACCGCUGACCACACCAAGACCAAAAAGGCUUCUCUUUUGGCUAGCAACCCUGACAUGACUAAACGCAGGAGACCGGCAACAACCUCGACCGCGAAGAAAGAUGAGAGCCCUCCCCCAACGAUCACCAAGAGAAGUGUCCCGUCGUCGUUGCUGGCAGACUUGGAGCGGCUCACGCCAAAGAGAACCACCCGCCAGACGUCGAAGAGCGAUACAUUCCACCGUGAAACGCUGUUGGCAGCCUACUCCGGAUCUGAUACGGAUGAGGACUCAAGAAAACCCAAGCGUCCAAAAACUGUUGCGAAGAAGCUAAAAAAGACUUCUCGCUCAGCAAAACCACACUCUUCGGGUCCCGAUCUUGAAGAAAUUGAAAGCGAGAUCAUUUACAGAGCUGUUGGUGUUGCUUUUGAAGACACGUUCCGAUUUUACAGGAAGCUUGUUGAGAAAAUUGUCCAUCUAUUACUCAACCCAAUCUUCAUCGGAAAGAAUGCUGAGUUCGACUUUGCCUCUCAACAUUUAAGUGACUUCUUGUAA